AUGGUGGACCAAGCGAAGGAUUUGCUUCAGCAGUUCCCGCAGCGCUCAAGCAUUCCUCCGCGCUGGCAAGUCGCUGCUCGCAUGAAGGGUAGUGUCGGAUGCGACUUCUCAUUAAUUCCAGCCGCUGAGAUUGCUGCUGCGGCCCGGGAGAUGUUGGACCAAUUCACGGAAGCUGCGACCUCUGACCAGGGCUGCACGUACGUCGGGAAAUUUAUGCUCUACCCCUUUGUCAUGAAUGUGCAAGCAAGGGGAUACGAUCUGCAAGAAGUAGAGGACAGGGCAGAAGGCUGGGGUGGAUGGGCUCUCCCUUUCAACAGGGACGAUGGUCUUUUGCUGCACAUGAGCCUGUACGGCAAGGGAGAUGAUGAGCAGGCAAUGCCUUUGGAGGCUCGCAACAAGAUGCUGUUGAAGAGCAGCUUUUUCCAUAAGAGCUUCGAGCCUUCGCACGCAUCAAUGCAGAAGGCUGGACUGCUUUUUGCGGCCGAUUCCGACCACACCCUUCGCAAUGAGGAGCUGGUCCUCCUCUCGGUCCUGGAGCCUGGCUAUGGGCAGCUGGUGGACGGGGCGAGCAUGACCAACCAAUCCAUUUGGGUCACCUCCAGCGGCUUCUUCUAUGUUCUGCGGUUUCUCCCCAUCCAGACUGCCAACAGGAAAUUCACAACCCCUCUAUUCACGCUCAAGGCUGAGAUUGUCAAGGGGGACUUUGCCAACGAUGACUUCAUGGUCCGGCAGAAGAAGGAGGUGGACGUGAUGUGGACUGGGACUGGCGGAGAUGACUUCUCAUUGGUCUGGGAUGGCUACUACGUGGAGCGGAUUCUGGCUGUGAAGAAGGGCGGGAGCUACCACGUGAUGGCCAUGCAGCUCCUCCGCCGUUUGGAUGCAGUGGGUGCCCCCUACAGCAUCGCCGUUGGUCGCUGUGUCAGGGCACCAGCUGGCUUACACCUCGGAUUGAUGGUAGGGGGAGCCCAGUCAUACUGUGUGCAGACCAUGCGCCAGACUGGUGACGCGGACCAGAGUCGUGCAGCACACAAGGGCGGGGGCAAGAAAGGCGGCUGGAGUGGCGGUGGUGGCGGCUCUGGCGGCUAUCGGCAAAACCGUGAUGGAUGGGACCAUGCACGCAGCGGCUGGGGUGGCCCUGCACCUUUUCGCGGCUCAGUCCCUCCCCCCGGUGCUGCCAACAUGACGCCUCCUACUGCUCAAGCGGCUCAAGCGGCUCAAGCGGCUCAAGCGGCUCAAGCGGCUCCUGCUGCAGCAGCCCCACCCACGGCCACACAAGCAGCCCCGCAAGCAGCCCCGCAAGCAGCCCCGCAAGCAGCCUUUCAAGCAGCCUUUGCUCAACAAGCUCCACCUCCUGCGGCACAGGCAGACUCUGCUCAACAAGCUCCACCUACUGCGGCUCCCAAGGCUUCAGCGGCACCAGCGGCUCAGCAGGAGUAUUGGGGCAACAAUUGGUGGGAGGAUGGCAGUCAGUGGUGGGACGAUCGUGCGCCUCUUCCCAAGCUGCAGCUGCUCCAGCGCAAGCGUGCGCGGAUCGAAGGUUUGGCCCUUCCCAAGCUGCAGCUGCUCCAGCGCAAGCGUGUGCGGAUUGAAGGCCCUUUUCUGGAUUGCAUGUGUGCAUUGGUAGCUUCUGCAUUCAAGAUCUGCGCAGAAGCUCGUGGUUCCCGGUGGCAGCUUCACACUGUGGGCAAGGCUGCCCGUAUUCGAAAGGGCAUUGCCCUAGACAAUCUGCUUUGCUUCAGUUUUGAGUAUUGCAUGGCGCCGCUUCCUGUGGAUCCUGCUGCUGCUGUCAAGCUGUGGUUGAAGGCCGCAGACUCUGAGCAAACGAGCGAGAAAUGGAGCCGUGUCCAGCGAGCUGCCUGCAAAGUUCCUUGGCUUCGUUCUUUGACUGAGUGUGGGGGGUUGCCAGCUGCUUGUUGCACAGAGGCUGCCCAGAGAUGCAUUGAGGGAAAGGAUGGCAACUUGUUGCCGUUGGUGGAGUUUCUGUUCAGAGGUUUCGAUCAUGCUGAGCUGCCAGUAGCAGCCUUGGCUGCCUAUAUGACUUAUCGAGCCGGGUGUCGAAUUCCACCAUUGGAGAAGGACCCUGGCAACUUGAUGCUCCAGAUUUUACACACUGAGAACCCUUUCCUCCGAAUGCAAGCAGCUCCCUUCAGUUUUCUGGACAGCUGUAGAGGGAGCUUUUUGCAUUCAGUGACGAAGCACCGAGGUGACAAGGUGACAGGCUAUUUGAUGGAUAUCUUGAAGAUGCCAUACAUGCAACGCCUUGAGAGUCGUGAGCAAUUGGGUAUCGUGAUUCUGACUGCAUACCGUCGAUCCCCUGGCUUUGCUGAGUUUGUGCUUGAAGCCAGUUCGCAGCCGCGAUUUGCUUUGCUUGCAGUUGUCCACAAUUUCUUUCGAGACACACAAGGGGUCGGGCAGCGAAAGGCUUACAUGCCAACCCGGGUUAUCUCCAAGCAUGGCACUAAGCUGCGGCCAAAUCGUGAUUUGGGAAAGUUGCGCCUUGCAGGGGCAUUGAGCUUGUGUGGCCAAUUUCUGGAUGGCUCGCUAGAUGCCAUUUUCGUGAAUGACAGCAAGAAGUCAUGGCUUGUGGAUCCGGAUUUGCUCCCCGUCAUGUUGGACGCCAUUGAGUGCGCCUCAUCAAAGCUCAUGGGCACCCAUUUCCUGCAGACUUUGGAAGCUCUGGGACGUUUGGCGCGAGCCAGCCAGGAAUGCAGCACCCAAUGGAACCACAGCUAA